GUUUUUUCCUACAGACUUAGCUUUAUCUGGUAUAGCUCAGGAUGUUGGAGGUGGGGGAAAGAGAAAACUGUGGGUUCAAGUCCUUGGGGCUGGGUCUGAUGGGGACCUUGGGAGCAAGAAAUAUCAGGAAGGAGAAGAACUAGAUUUAGAAGUGGAGCCUCAGCUGGGAGCAUCUCUGCCCAAGUAGCUCCCAAUGUAUUCCUCUUCUUCUCCAGUUCAGGCCUUGAUCCCUGAGGUCAAGGAAGGAAAGGGAAGUCCAUGCUCCAGCUAUCUCAUUUUGUCUCUUUCUGGCUCUUCAAAUAAGGAUGGACACUCUCUCUGUGUGUUUUAAUGCUCCUCUCUCCCAACAUUCUCCUGCUUCUCUAAUUGACCAGCCUGGUCCAAUCCUUGCUGUAUCUGAGGUGGAUGAAAGGAACUGAGAUGUGUUGGAGAGUAGAUGGGGAUGGGGCAGGAAGAGGAUUGAGUCAAGCCUGGGAAGAUGGGAAGGACUGCUCUGGAACCCAAUGGUUUUUCUCCUAGAAGUGUGAAGGGGAACAAAUAUCAGAAGAGGGAGCUGGGGAAGGGUCAGAAAAUACCAGAUUUGGUGGAAUAGGUCCUGCUACAAGGGCAAGGGGGAGAUCUCUUAAGAGGAUGGAAGAUGUGGCCAGCGGGGGUGCAAAACCCAAGGGUGGACUGAGCCUGAGAGCUCUCUCCCAGACCCAUGAGCCAAUCAAGUCCCCUAUUGGCUCACAUACAAGGGUCUUUCCUCAGCCCCGCUUCUAGUACUGACGUGUGUCUCCCCAGGAAGGGACAGAAUGAAGGGGGAGCCAGAGGAAGACAUUUCCUUUGCCCUGUACCAGCACCAGACAUUCCAGGAUCAGACAGAUGAGGGUUCUGGGACUGCCCCAUCCCUUACUCCCAUCUUGGAACAGCAGUGGAGUCAAGGUAACCAGGUUUACUGGUCCUUUAAGGAGUUUCUUCCUGGGGCAGAUGCUUCAAAUUCUCAUUGUGCUAACUGGAUGUGCUCCUCAAAGCCAGUCUCUGCUUUGCCCACCCUGCUGGCCUGCCCGCAGCACUCGAACCUCCACACCUGCAGCCUGAGGCCCAACGCGAUGGCUGCUGCCCUGGGAGUUCCUCCUUUUCACCUAGAGCACAAGUCUUCAGGGUCAAUUCUGGGCUCUACUGAUGACCCUAAAUUCACAUCUGAGUGCCUUGAGGUCAAGAAGAAAGCAGAGAGUGAACCUCGUGCCCUGGACCCAGCCAUGGAGAUGGUCCAAAGGAGCCCCCGCUCUCCUAUUUCACAUUCCAGCCCAGCUUCCAACCCCCUCAACAUGAAGUUCCCAUUGAGUCCCCACCCCCCAUGCCCUUCCUGCCCCCUUCUCUCUCCCAGGAAGCCCUUUUCCUCACUAGAUACAUGCUUCUUCCCCUACCCCCUCCUCCUUCUCCCAUCCCCUGCCAACCCCCACCCUAGUGGGGCUGUCCCGGUGAUGCUCCCUGAUGGGCCAUACUCCCUUGGGGUCCACUCCCCUCUGUACCUAGCACCUUGGCAGACCCUCUCUUCGCCCUUCCCUGCUGGGCUGUGGCCCACAGCUGAGGCCCAGAAUGAGAGCUCUUCGCCUUCCCAGUGCUGCUCUACAGGAAAAGCUGGGAGGGUCCCCACCGUGGGCACCACAGUCCUGCCCUAUCUGCUGAAGAAAGAGAAUGGCGCCAUCUUGUACAAGUGUAAUAUUUGUGCCAAGAGUUUCAGGCAGCGCUCCAAUUUCAAGGUCCACUUCCGGGUCCAUAGCGGAGAACGCCCCUUUCAGUGUCUGCUUUGUAAGAAGAGCUUCAUCCAGCUCGCCCACUUGCAGAAACACCAGCUGGUCCACUCAGGGGAGCGGCCUUACCAGUGCUCGGUUUGCCACAAAUGUUUCAGCAGUACCAGCAGCCUCAAGAAUCACAUGCGGCUGCACUCAGAGGUCCGGCCUUUCCUUUACAGACUGUGCCCCAGGUACAGUGACCAGCAGGUUGGGCACUAGCCACUGUGUCCUGGCCAUACUGUCCUGCUUCCUUGCUGCCUGCUGGCCCCAUGUCGGUGACCCGAAACUGGAGAAGCUGACACUGCUGUGGGCAGUAACCAAGUCUACAAGUGCCCGGGGAAACCUCUCUGCCAGUUAACAGCCUGGAAGCAGGAGCUGGGGAAGAGGCAGACUGCUAACGUAUCUUCGGUAUAACCAACUGAGCCUUUCUGAGUUGAUCUGGAGGUUACAGCACCCCUGGCAAUAAUCCCUCUCAAGAACCACGCUUUGAUGCUUUUUGACUGUAAGCCUCUACUAAGGAUGGGGUGGAGAAGGAGGUGUUAUAAAAACAAUGGAAGUUAUCUAGGACCAAAUGGGUUAGAUUUGAUACCUUCAAAUAUCCUGCUCUGAUAGUCUGUGUUUAAGGUCUUGUCUUUUUUUUCCUUAUUUAAUAUUUUAUUUUUCCCAAUUACAUGUAAAAACAAUUUUAACAUUCCUUUUUUUCUUCAAAUUUUGAGUUCCAAAUUCUCUCCUUCCAUCCCCUCUUCCACAUUGAGAAGGCAAGCAACUUUAUCUACGUUAUACAUGUGUGGUCAUGCAAUAUACAUGUGUUAUUCUGAAAAAGAUGUACCUGCUUCUACUCUCAUCCACGAUAGAUAAAGUAAAGAAAAAAUAUCUUUGAUUUGUAGUCAGACUCCAUUGUUCUUUCUCUGGAGCUGGACAGCAUCUUUCAUCAAUUCUACAGAACUGUCUGAAUUAUUGUAUUGCCAAGAUUGGCUAAGUUAUUCAUAGUAGAUCAUCAUACAAUAUUGCUAUUACUGUGUACAAUAUUCUCCUGGUUCUGUACAUUUCACUUUGCAUCAGUUCAUGUAAAUCUUUCCAUGUUUUUCUAGA